UUACAUAACAGCUUAGCUGAAUUAACGUAGUAGGUUAGGAGAAUUAUGUUAAUGUUAGGAAAAGAGUUAGGGUGAGGUUUCGCCUCAAAGCUACAGUCAUCAACGGUUGUCCCCGACGCGACCACUAGAUGAAGCUGUAGGCCUACUCCAUCUAGCCAUAACGCUAGAAACAAAAACAUACUAUCUGGCGACAAAUCAUCAUUAUCAUAACACCGGCUUGCAAGACUUUGAUAUAAAGGAAAAAAAAACGGGGCUUCCUUCAAGCUUGAUUUGGCCCGCGCUGCGUUGAUAAAAUGACGAAUAUUCGUCGUGAUAAUUCUCAAAGUUUAUCAAAAGCUUGGAUUGCACUGAGAAGACUUGAUAAAAACGAUGACAGAGUCAUUGCAUUGCAAGAGGUCACCAUUCCAAAGGGUAUGGAGGCCACUACAGUUAAACAGAUCAUAACACAUUCGUUUGGAUUGAAUUCUGCUAAUGUGACACAGACAUUUAAGAUAAGAAACCACAAGGGCUGUCUGAUUCCAUUCAACAGCUUUAUACCUGUGAACAGCAAGCACAUGUCAUAUGUGCUGGAAGUGGCAACAGUCUUUCAGCAUGUCAUUCCAAAACCACGGACCAUUGCCAUGACAGUAAUCAAUAAAACUAUGCGAACAAGACUACAGGGAGUUGUCAGAAGGAUAGUGAGACUUGAAGAACUGUUUCCUCAGAUUAAAUUAAGACGUCAUGAGAAGAUUUAUCAGGAAAUAGAGUUGCUGAACCAACAGUUGAGAUUUCUUCAUAAAAGAAUGCAGGUAAGCAUAAGUAUUGCUUAUGACAAAUAUAGGCAGAAGAAAAUAAAAAAAGGUUGAUUUUCUGUUACUGCAUAUAAGAUGAGGGUUUACUUGAAUCGGGCACAAAGAAGUGUGUACCACAGUCUACUGGCUAUGUUACAUUCAGAUUGUGUUUAAUAUAGACGCAAUUAUUGUUUCAGAUGGCUGAUUCUCACAGCUGGAUGGGAAUGUUCAUCAGAACUCCUAUGUGGUAGAACAAAACACCUAGGCCCAACAUGUUAUAUGUACUUUCCAUUCGUUUAUACUGUCAACUUUACCAUAGCCAUAUGAGCAAUGGUAAAUCUGGUUAAUAUAUACCUAUUAUGACAUUGUAUUAUCUGAUUUUGUCUGCAGUGUAGCAUAUCUUGAAAAUGUAAGAUCGUUUGAGUGGUAUAGAAAUUCAAUUUGCUGUUGGAUAUACUUGGUAUAAAAUGUUCACCCCACAAAAUAAAACUGAGCUUAUUAUUUUGGGAACAGUAGUUCCAACUAGCCGGGGUACAAGUCUGUUUGUGCAAUCAUUCCACCACUUAACAUGACAAGGGGAGUGGCAAGGAGUAGAAUGAUCGCACAAACAGACUUGUACCCACCCAGGCUAACUCCAAACCACUUCAGGUAUGAAACUAUUGGCAUGAUGCUUUAGUGCUUUGCUACAUGAUUGUGCAACCUUUCCAUCUCCAUUACUGAUUAAAUAAAAAGGGUGUUUGUCAACUUUA